AUCCCGGAAACACAGUCGCUUAUGGUUAAAAUGGCGAUAUGAGCAGCUACAGUAUAACACAAAGUGGGGCAGUACAGUAAAUGGAGAACAGCGUCUCCCUGCAGAGGACAAUGAUUAAUCCGCCUUUCGCGGUUCACCGCAGGACUUGAAAUGCCAACUUUACUUAUUAAUGUGUAGUAAUAGAGGUGCAUGCAAGAGUAUGUAAGGGCACGCCACAAAUGGACAAAGACAGACUCACAACCGGUGCAUGCUCUUGGCUGGAGAUGCAUACUUUCAUUGGUGACCUUAUGGCAGCUAGUGCAUCAGUCUCUGGUCAUCCACAGAGAGAGCAGCCUACUGAGGAAACACUGAGCUCUGCCUGGGAAUCAUCUAGGCCUGAGACUCUAAGACCCAAAGUCUCUCAUCCUCCCCAGUCAAACUCAUUCAGGCAGAGCCAGGUUAAAAGUGCUGUAGCUUUUGGUCUGCAUUCUGAGGAAAGGGCAAGGGAAUCCAAAGACCAUGAAAGCCAUGUUCAGCAUUGUACCUGCACAUGUUCUGGCUGCCCGCUUUCCUCAUUUGCCUCGCAUUCACUCCAGACCCAAAAACCCAGAGGCAGUCCUGUCUCACAAAUCUUACCACCCUCACCUUCCCAGUCCACCCCACCACAGGUCAAAGAGCCCAGCUAUGCCCCUGUUGGCCUGGGCUUGUGUCUGGGUUUGGGUCUUUCUUUGGAAGAGGAGAGCAAUGUGCCUACAAGUACUUCUAACCCUGAGCCUGGCCACACCCAGCAGGAGGACAAAGGCACAAGCACGAACAGCCCAAUCCCACAUACAAACCCAGACUCCCCACCUGUUCAGGCCUUUCCCUGUCUAUGCUGUCACCGAAGGAUUCAAUCCAGCACACAACUUCUGCACCACCAAAAGGACCCAGAUGCCCACCCCUACCACCAUUACCAUCACCACCAUCAGUGCCCUCUCACCUCGUGCAUGCCAUGUGCACAGUUGCACCAUGCUGCCCAGUCACUCCCCUCCUUCCCAUGCCUGUCCUGUCAGCGCUCCUUCCCCACCUGCACCCAGCUCUUGCGCCAUCACCAAGGCCACGCACAGCAGGAGGGCAUGCAGCAGCUUCCGUGCAUGCAUUGCAACGUGUCUUUCCUCAGGCCUUCACAACUGCUGCAGCAUCAGCGUACCCAGCAUGCAUCCAAGGCAGGCGGCUUCCUUUGUGCAGAGUGUGGGCGUGCAUUCAACUCUCACAGCAAUCUGCGCAUCCACCUCAAUGUGCACACUGGCGCCCGGCCGUACAGCUGCACAGUCUGUGAUAAGAGCUUCAGCCAAUCAGGGGCACUUAAGAUUCAUCGCCGAAUGCACACCGGAGAGAGGCCGUACACCUGUUCUUAUUGUGGGAGGGGUUUCCCUCACCUGGCGGGUGUGAGAGCCCAUCAGCGUACACACACAGGGGAGAAACCUUACCGCUGCACCCAGUGUGGGAAAUGCUUUACUCAGUCUGGGGCCCUAAAGAUCCACAAUCGGAUCCACACUGGUGAGAGGCCUUUCAUCUGCAGCCUCUGUGGGAAGAGCUUCUCCAAUCGAUCUGGUAUCCGCUUUCAUCACCGCACUGUUCAUGGGAUUGUGACAGAGCCCAACUCUGUGGGCAGGCCUAGCCUGGCUGCUAAUGCAUCAUCCCCUGGUUCAAACUUCCAGAGAAUCCAAGGCUCUGGUCAAGAUACUGAUAAUUCCAGCAGUCUCAACAAGAUCCGUUUCCGGCAAAUGGAAGAGAGGACUCCAUCCAGCAAAGGACAGUUAAGUGGCGAUGGGGAAAAAAGAGCCCUUCCAUACGCCUGUGAGGACUGCGGUCAGCGCUUUCCAGAUGCUCCAUCUAGAAACAGACACCAGACAUUACAACACUACUCUACGGAAGAGAGAGAGAUGGAAGAGGGGGGAACAGAUAAGACCAAGGAGUAGAAAGAAACAUCUGACAACAACUAUAACAUUGCUGGGUAAGUGACUUUCAAAAACGAGGGAAGAGAAAACAAAGACAACUUGAAAAUGUGUUGAGCCAGAUGUAUUUGAGCUGUUUCACAACCUGUAACAGGGCUAAGAACUGGUAUCAGUCCAUUUAUACUGACUAUUCCUGUUUUGAUCAUGUAAGAUUCUUUUGCCUAUGAAUUGUGCCUCAAAAAAUCUAAACCUUGUGUUGUGAAAUAGCACCUUGAAUAUUAAAUAUACACUCUCUGAGCACUUUAUUAGGAACACUAUGUCCUAAUAAAGUGCUUGUAGCGGUCUUCUGCUGCUGUUGCCCAUCAGCCUCAAGGUUCGACGUGUUUUGCAUUCUGAGAUGCUAUUCUGCUCACUUCAGUUGUACAGAGCGUUUAUCUGAGUAACCGAUGUGAACAUUAACUGAAUCUCCUGACUCAUAUCUGCAUGAUUUUAUGCAUUGCACUGCUGCCACACAAUUGGUUGAUUCGAUAAUCGCAUGAAUAUGUAGGUGUACAGGUGUUCCUAUUAAAGUGUUCAGUGAGUGUAUAACCUAGCCAAAUUCUGAAUAAAGGUGUUUGUUUGAAUUAAUUCAUAAUUGCAAAGAUUUUGUGUUGUUUUUAUUUAGCUUUUUUAAACUGAAAAUAUGGUAAAGUAUUUUAAAUUUUGUUGGUUGACCUAAUCUUCUCUUUACGUAUUGUUUAAGUUGUUUUGUGUACCUGAUGUAUGUGCAAGUAUUUUGUAUCCAUUUGGUGAGAGUUGUAAAUUCUGUUAAUAUUUCUGUGUUCAUAUGACCUUUUAGUACUGUUUUGAUGAUGAACAUGAUUAUGAAAAUUUGUCAUUGAAGCCAUGGCUAGGUUUACUAUAUGAGGAAGAAGUUACAGUAUGUGUGGAUAGAUGGAGGUAAAUGUGCCUUUCUUCAUAGGAAUCUUGCAAAGCAAAUGCAAACUAAGUCCAAAUUUAAGAUUCUGGCUUCAAAAGUCAAAGAUCUAAAUAUGGUAAUCAACAAUUUAAUGGUUACAACAUAUUUGUAAAUUUGCGAUAUAAACAAAUGUUUUAUCACAAAAAUACAAUAAUAGUUUUAGAAUGAUUGCAGGUUUGCAAUUAAAUGAAUAAAGGUAUGCUUACCAGACUUUAGAUUAAAGCACCUAAGCAUGUUGCAAGUAGGGCCAAUAUUACGACAUCAUUAGGACAUGUCAGCUACCUGUCAAGUGUGCAUUAUAAAGGGACUGACAGUACACAAGACUAAAUGUAGUGUAGAGGUGUUUUUUUUUUUUUUUUAAUAGGCCAAUUUUGUGAACAUAGUGAUUUAUAAAUUUGUAUGAUAACAGCAAAUUAAAAGUGGAAAAAUAUUGUCCAAUACUUUUGUGUGUAUAUUGCAUAUCUUCAUUAUUACACUGUUGAUAUGAGCAUCAACCUCUUUAAUACACCUGUACUAUGGAUAUAAAUGGAUAAUUGUAGAGCGCAAUGAUUGUAACCUCACAACCCUGAGCAUCAGAAUCUUCUUUUUCCCUUCUUUUUGGUAAAACUUUACAAUAAGAUUCCAUUAUUUAAUGUAUUAGGUGUCAUGUACAAACAAUGAACAAUAUAUAUUUUUUCUAUUAACCUUAGUUAAUGUUAGCUGAUAAAAAUACAAUUGUUCAUUGUCAGUUAAUGUUUGUUCAUAGAGUAUUAACUAAUGCAUUGUUUGAUUUAAAAAAUGUGUUUAUGUUGAAAUUAACAUUAACUAAGAUUAAUAGAUGCUGUAACAGUAUUGUUAAUUAUAGUUAAUUUUUUACUAAUGUUGUUAAUUAAUGUUAACAAAUGGAACCUUAUAGUAAAGUGUUACCUUUGUGUACUGUCACUUUAGCUCCAGUCUAUAUGUUAAUUGCAUACUGUACAUUUAUCAACAAAAACAACCUUGUGGCAUAUUACAGUGAAGUAUCUCAUUUUAACAAGGAUUAUUUGUUUUGUUUUCAGAUAAAAUAAGCUUUUCAAUUCUUCUGUUACAAUAAUGAUCAGUGUAGCCACAUUCUUUGUCUCUUCAUUGAAAGAAAGCAGUGGACUGUGUGUUCAUGCCCUUUUAUAAUGCUAUUUUAGGCUAAUAAAACCUCUGGCAUCUUUAAUAA